UCAAUUGUCAUUUGUCAACAGUUAAAGUAUUUUCUUCCAUUUAACAGUUUCAUGGACUUAAUCAACAUGCUUGUUUAUUGUUUUGGGUUAGAAUGCUGAUGUGCCGCUGUAUCAUGCUGCAUGGUAGGCUACAGAGAGAAAGUAAUAUUGUGAUCUUCUGUUUUACUCUGCUGAAAAUAUUUUCUACCAUCAUGCCUCUUAGGUCAGAUUGCCUUAUCAAAACCAUUCGCUCAGAAGGCUACUUUGGUAUGUACAGAGAGUUGUAAAGUAUGUUUCCUCAUGUGACCUCGACACCCCCCACAGCCAGAAACUAACUUUGCUGCGAGAGAUGCUGGCGGGCUGUGGAGCAGGUACCUGCCAGGUCAUCGUUACCACCCCAAUGGAGAUGCUGAAGAUUCAGCUACAGGAUGCUGGUCGAAUAGAGGCCCAUUGGAGGGUGAUUGCACAGACACGGGACCAAGCUGCUUUGGGUAGACUGGAACCGAAGUCUCCCACAGCCCGUCAGCUCACCAAAGACCUUGUGAAGCACAAAGGAAUCACUGGAUUGUACAAAGGCCUUGGAGCCACCUUACUAAGGGAUGUGCCUUUCUCUGUCAUCUACUUCCCUUUGUUUGCCCAUCUGAACAAUUUGGGAAGAGGUGGGACAGAAGGACCUGCCCCACUUUAUGUCUCCUUCAUCUCCGGCUGCGUUGCAGGCAGCACUGCUGCUGUGGCUGUCAACCCUAUGGAUGGUAUCUGUGUCAUGAUGCUCUCUAUUGUGUGUUGUAUGAGAAUCUAUCUGUAUGAGUCUGUAUGAGUGCACAGGACAGGAUAUGUUUGUAUUCUUGUAUGGAUGCAAUACCUUUGAACAUUGACUGCUUAACCAUUUGGUAGAGCACACUUUAAAGCAACACCAAAGAACUUUUCCUCUGUCGCACGCACUAUUUGUUUAUCCAGCACCAGCUUUGCAAAUA